AUGAAGAAGCUCUCAGCUCAGCCCUAUGCAAACGCGAUGCCCAAUCUCCAGAAACAAACGCGAAAAUCUACUCGCCAACGCGAAGAAAGAACUACUCAACUCCAGAUUUUUCAUCUACGCGAUCACACCUCUAACUUCGCGAUCGCAAAGAAAACUUGCAGUAGCAACAGACAACAGCAAAGACACUUCGACGCCGAAGAUUUAGUGCAGCAGGUUAAUAAUCGGAGCAGAGAAGAAGAAAUAGAUGCAGGUGUAGUAGCCGCUCCGGUGGAUGCAAGCGCAGAGAAUAAAAUUUACUGCGAUGUUAUGCUUUUCAAUUGCUGGACCUACGACGAUGUUCAGAUCAAUGACAUCUCUGUUGAGGAUUACAUCACAGCAAUUGCUUCCAAGCAUCCAGUUUAUAUGCAACACACAGCUGGUAGAUACCAGGCUAAGCGUUUCACGAAGGCCCAGAGCCCAAUUGUUGAGAGGCUCACCAACUCUCUUAUGAUGCAUGGACGGAACAACGGGAAGAAGCUAAUGGUUGUCCGCAUCAUCAAGCAUGUAAUGGAGAUCAUUCAUUUGUUGACUAACAAGAACCCAAUUCAAGUCAUUGUUGAUGUUGUCAUCAAUAUUGGGCCAAGGGAAGAUGCAACUCGUAUUGGUUCGGCUGGUGUUGUGAGGCAUGGGGCUGUUGAUAUUUCUCCACUUCGCCGUGUUAACCGGGUAAUUUAUUUGCUGACAAUUGGUGCACGUAAGAGUGCUUUCAGGAACAUCAAGACCAUAGUUGAGUGCCUUGCAGAUGAACUCAUCAAUGCUACCAAGGGUUCUUCAAAUAGGUAA